ACAUCAAUGCUCAAGCAGCUCUCAUUCCGGUAGUCUCCUUCUCUCACUUUGUGAUGAUAUGGACCAUGUUCCUCCCGAGCAAACAGGAGGACUGUUAUAGAAUUCUCUGACACUUACUUGCAUUCUUGUGGGGGAGGGGGUUGGCUUCACCUUAUCUUCCCAUUUCUGAUUCUUAACAUACCUUCAUAUUAUCUGUGUUGUCUAGCUCUGAUCUAUGAAAAAGGUGGUGGAGACCCGGACAGACACAUCUGGCUGCUUCCCUAGUCUAUAUAUUUGUCCUUAAAAAAUUACAAAAUCUAUAAAUGAUCAUAUCAGCAGAUUGUGCAAAAGCAACACAUACUGAAUCAAAGACCAUGACCAACAUUUUAUCUCUUUCCAGAAUGCUCUGCUAUAUCAGCGUUGUUUAUUUUUUUAAGUAACAAAAUAUGCAUAAUGAAGACACCCCAUUUAUUUUCCUCUUUUUUCCUCUCCCACUUUCCCAAGAUGGUGCUUGCCUCUGGUGAUGUAGCUGCUGCUGGUCCAGGAACACACAUUUUAUUUUCUUAUAUAUUUUCCAUCAACUCAUCAACAAUAUGAAACCCAGAAAUCAAACAGGUAUUUCAAAAUUCUUUCUCCUGGUACUGACAGAAGAUCCGGAACUGCAAGCCCCCCUAUUUAGUCUGUUUCUGUCCAUAUAUCUGGUCACUGUCCUAGGAAACUUUCUCAUUGUCUUGGCUGUCAUCUUUGACUGCCACCUCCACACCCCCAUGUAUUUCUUUCUUGCCAGUCUGUCCCUCACUGACAUCUGUUUCAGCACCAGCACGAUCCCAAAGAUGCUGGUGAACCUCCAAGCACAGAAUCAGAGCAUCACGUAUGAAGGCUGCCUCACCCAGGCGUGCUUUGUCCUAGUUUUUGCUGCUUUGGAAAAUUUUCUCCUUGGAGUGAUGGCCUAUGACCGCUUUGUAGCCAUUUGUCACCCACUAAAGUACACUGUCAUCAUGAACCCCCACAUCUGUGGCCUGCUGAUUCUACUCUCCUUGUUCAUUAGCAUCACGAACUCCCUGCUCCACAGUCUGAUGUCAUUGCGACUCUCCUUCUGCACAGAGCUAGUAAUUCCUUACUUCUUCUGUGAAGUUCUUCAGGUCAUCAAGGUUGCCUGUUCUGAUGCCCUCAACAAUAACAUCUUCUCAUACUUUGCAGCUACAAUACUGGGUGGUGUUCCUCUCUCUGGAAUCAUUUUCUCUUAUGCUCAAAUUGUCUCCUCCAUUUUGAGAAUGCCAUCAGCAGUUGGAAAGUAUAAUGCUUUUUCCACUUGUGGGUCUCAUCUCUCAGUUAUUUCUUUGAUCUAUGGGACAGGUUUUGGUUCAUAUUUCAGUGCUGCAUUCACCCCUUCUAGGAAGACUGCAGUAGCUUCAGUGAUGUACACCGUGGUCAUUCCCAUAAUGAACCCCUUUAUUUACAGCCUGAGAAAUAGGGAAGUGAAGGGGGCUUUGAGAAAAAUUAUGAGGAGUAUACCUGCUUUUCAGUGAUUACAUUACCUACAUUUGGCUUGGCUUUCUAGACUGCAUCAAAGUGAAAAAAUAAUUGUGAGACAGGAUGCCUGACUCUCCCAUCAACACUUUCUUCUAAAAUAAUGACAUAACUUAGUGGUUGAGUACAACUCAAUGUAGGUUUGAAAUUUGAAAUGUCUCUUUGUGUAGCUCUGUGCUAUUUGACAAAUUAUUUUUAUUCUCUAAGCUGAAUCUCUUUGGUCAGGUUUUAUAGUAGCAGAGCCUAAGGCAGGGUUGAUUUAUUUUGGUAGCACAUUCUCAAAAUAAAGAAAGCAGGAUGUAGAUAAAGCUGUGGGAAUAGAGACUAGCUUCAGCCUGAUGCCAUGGGUAGAGUCAUGUGACUGAAAACGAGGCUUAAUCUCACUGCAAGACAAGACAGCUGACCUUUCAUGCCCAAAUUUAGUUAUUACCAUGACAUGUCACUGGUAAACCAUGAGUGUCCGGGGUAACAUUAGCAUUCAUCAUAUUUUUGUGGUUGUUGCUAUUGUUGGCAUUGUUGUUAGCUGAAAUCAAGUUGGCCUUCAUGAUCCGUAGGGUCUCAUUGGCUGACUUUUGGAAUUAAAUUGCCAGGGCUUUGCUUCUAGUGCAUCUUAGUGUUGAAGACCCACUGGAACAUAUUCGGCAUUAUAACAACACUGGAUGCUCCACUGACGGACAGCUUGUUGCUACACAUAAGGUUCGUUGGCCAGAAAUCAAACUUGGGUCUCCCACAUGGAAGGUGAA